GGCUCUGGUAAGACCCAUACAAUGCACGGAGGAACAGGUGAACAGCAGGGCCUUGUACCUCGAGUUCUUUUUGAGGUCUUCCAGCUUGCUGGUGCCAGUGGCGCAACUGUCUCGUUGAGUGCAGUGGAGAUUUACAACGACAUCGCGUAUGAUCUCCUGGAUGGUGCCACCAGCUCUGCUGGCGAAGCUGCAAAUGAUAAUCCGGGUCGAGCAUUUUCGGCUGGACGCGUGCCUCCUCCACCCGGGCUGAACUUCCGCCAUGGAUGUCAGUGUGCCCUUGAACAGGCCACUUCAGUCGACGUUCAGGAGAUGGAGGAGGCCGAGGCUCUUCUCCUCCAAGCAGCCGAGCGACGAAGCACACGAAGCACGACAAGAGCUCAGCAAGCCUUGGAACAUCUUGGUCUCUGCUUGGCAACUCUUGGCACCGUGUGAUGCUCAGCGGUGGCUUUCCCAACAGGCUGGAGGAGCGGUGGCGGAUGAGAGCCGCCACAUCAAUUUGUCGCUAUCUGCUCUUGGCUCCGUAAUCCAUGCUCUCAGGCAUCGCGCAAAUCACUUGCCCUACAGAACCUGCUUGCUGACGCGGCUUCUGGAACCUUUUUUCAAGGCGAGUGGCAGAGUGUUACUUUGUGUUUGCAUCAGCCCAGAGCGCCGUCAUGCCCAGGAGACGCUGUGCUCCAUGGCUUUUGCAGACAGGGCAAGUCGUGCGACCCUGGGUGCAGAAUCUGCACAAGAGGUGCAGCGGGGGCAAGCCUUGGCGGCGGUGAGAGAUUUGCAUGCUGUGCUGCGAAUGGUCAUUAGGGAUCUCCUUCCUCAGUCCGGCAUCGGGAUGCAGAACACCACUCGGCUGCCUGACUGGCUUGCGGCGGAGGUUCUUGCUUACAUGCCGGAGCAUGGCGAGGCAAUGUUUGUUUGUCGCACUUGGGCGGAACUUUGCCUGAGCACGAAGUGGUGGGGCCGUGUGUUCCGCCGAUCGCAGAAGUUAGCAACAAGUGUUUUACAAUUCCUCAGCUCAAAGAUGGAAGCUGCAGGAGUGUGCAAAACUUGGUGGAAAGCGACAGGUGCUUUCCGAGUGACCAUGGAAGCUGCCUCUGUCAAAGUUCUGGAGGCAGAGGCCGCUGCAAGCGGUCGAAGAGUUUGGACAGCAGCUGGUGCCAAAACACGUUCUGACAUGUGGAAGGCUUUCCUGGCUGCGGGGGGCGGCAGCGAAGUCGCUUCCCAACCUUUGGCACUUGUCCGCGAGUGCACGGUAGCUGGUGCGCCGAAACCAGAGGCCUUGCGUCAAGUUCUUCGAAGAUGUUUUGAGCUUCGCUUGGUUGAGGUGCCAGAUCCUGGCCUUAUCAGCAGCGUUUGCGCCGGACUGGUGUCCUGCACGAAGCUUCGAGCUCUGAAGCUCGGUUUGACUUUGGUCCCAAAUAUGGUGAACCUCCGACAGGUUUUGCAGAGCUGCAAGCAAUUAAGAGUUCUCCACCUGAGCAACGGCGCAGACUUUCCAGUGUCCUUGCAGUACUUGACAGAGGAGCUACCGAAGUCAUGCACACUCCGGGAGCUUACUGUGGUGCGCUGCACUGCCACGUGGAAAGACAUUGAGAUCCUGUGCAAGAGUUGCAGAAGAUUGCAGACCUUAAAACUGCCGCAAAGCUUCGUCGAAGUUGGGGGGGCCUUGAGCCCCCCACCCCUGGUUCCAUUGGCACGUUUGAGGUUGAGAUCUGUGGACUUUCAGGUUCACCAGGGUCGUGCUCACAAGAACCGGUCCUGGCUGACGGACGACAUGUUUGGCAUUGUUGCUCAGAUGAGGAACUUGCAAGAUGUGAGGGCUGAUGGUCAGAAGCUCCUAAGCGAUCGCUGCUUUUGGUUCUUGCGUCGGCACCACUUCUGCUUGCGCCGGCUGCAUUUGAGCGGUUGCCGUCCAAUGUGUGGAGAGAGUGCAUUUGGCUUGCUGCACUUGUGCGAAAGUUUGGAGUCAGUGCGGCUUCCAACUCUUAUUCUCGGACAGUCAGAGCGCAGACUGGGAGUCAUCGGAGCCAACCGCUGGUGCCAGGGCUUGCGGAGUCCACGGUUGCGGGAGCUCUGUGUGGACGGAUGGCCCUCCUUGGAGGACCCUGGGGUGCAGAUGCUUGUGGCACAUUGUCCACAACUGCGAACCCUUUGGCUCCGUCAGGCUGCUCGCCUCUCAGAUGAUGCUGUCACAUACGCAGCUGGGUUGGAGAAACUCACCAGCCUCUCCUUCGCAUUUGCCGCAGGCCUGACAGAUCGCGCCCUACAAGAGCUGUCAGUCGAGUCGCGGCUACGCUGUUUGGAUUUGAGCGGUUGUAGACAACUGACGGAGGGAGCUCCAUAG